AUGAGGUUGAGCUUUCUCCUACCUUCGCAUCUUCUACUGGGCAAGCCCUAUACACAUGAAUUUCAGACAUUCACUGCUAUUGACCUUGGAUGUGAUUCACUGGAAAACAACUGCAUGACCCAGUCUCAAUACCACGGCUACUGCCUUUUGUACCGACGAAGUUGUCCAAGAAGCGAACAAGUGGAGAAAAAAUUAGAUAGUAAGACUCCGAAAAACUCUCGGAAGGACUGCGAAAAAUGGAAAAGAAAAUGUGCUGCAAAGUAUCCGAAACAUUUCGCCUGUAAACAAUACAAAAGGAAAUGCGGACCAAUUGAUUUCCCUAUCGGGAAGAGUUCAACAUCGGGAAGAGUUCAACGGAUGAAAGAUCAUCGAGAAAGGAAAUGUGCUGCGAAGUACCCGAAACAUUUCGCCUGUAAACAGUACAAAAAGAAUUGCGGACCAAUUGAUUUCCCUAUUGGAAAUAAAACGGCAGUUGAAGAACCAUCAAAAAGAUCCAAAGACCCGGCAGAUGACGACAAUGAGGAGGAUACCAACAAGGUGAAAAUAUCAAAGAAUGCAUGA